AUGAUCGGCUACUUGAGCGGGGCGUGCGAGGCGGCGUGGUGGUGCUGGUCGUGGUCUUGCCAGCUGGUGGGCGCCGCCGCGCUGCUGGGGCUGGCCGCCUGGCUGCUCACCAUAGCCCUCGACCUCCUGCAUCCCCUGCGUCUGGUCGACCGCCUGCACCAGCGGGUCGUGCUCAUCACGGGCUGCGACUCUGGCUUCGGCGAGGCCCUGGCGCGGCGGCUGGACUCGCUGGGUGUGCCCGUGGUGGCGGGCUGCCUCUUCCCGGAGGGCCCCGGAGCCCAGCGGCUGGUCCAGCAGUGCUCCUCCAGGCUGCGCGUCCUGCCGCUGGACGUCACCUCGGAGCAGCAGGUGCGCGACGCCGUCUCCAGCAUCCGCGACAGCCUGGACGGGCGGGAGCUGUGGGCGCUGGUGAACAACGCGGGGGUGUCGGACGGGGGGGAGGCAGAGCUGGUGCCCCUGGAGGCGUUCGAGCGCACGCUGGCCGUCAACACAGUAGGCGUGGUGCGCGUCACGCAGGCCUGUCUGCCGCUCAUCCGGCAGGCCAAGGGCCGCAUCGUCACCGUCGCCAGUCCCCUGGGCAGGACAGCAAUGCCGAUAAUGUCCCCGUACUGCAUGUCCAAGAGUGCCGUCAUAUCGUACUGCGACGCUCUGCGUGUCGAGAUGAAGAAGUGGGGCGUCUCCGUCUGCACAGUGGAGCCGUCCAGCUACAUGUAA